UAUAAAGUAUCACGUAUGAGAUGUAACAACAAUUAUGAAUUACAAGUUAAUGUCACAUAUAAUAUUUGACGUUCAACACAAAUCAUUGUAUUGGAAUCGAGAUAUUCAUGAAUAUAAUCGUGGAAAGCAACCACCACCAAGAGGCUGUAACAUAGUAUAAUUUGGUAUGUAAUCAACAUGACGCUGAAGCCGAACGGUUUAACAAAAUUAUUGGAUAUCCUUGAAGAGGAAAACCUUGACACGAACUUGGAAAGCCUUUGCAAUCAAUUACAUCAAGUAUUUCCAAAGGAAGAACGAUUUAACGUGGGAACAACAUUAGUUCAUUUUUUACAACAUAUAGACUUAUUGCCAAAAAAUGUUCAACGUGUGAUUGCUGUCGCUUUAUUGUUUGAUCUUUACAGAGGAGAACCACUAGCUUCCACACCAUUUGCACCUGUUUUUGUUCAGGUUUUGAAGUCACAAAAGGACUCUACUAAUAGUGUACCAAAGACUAAUGUCACAGGACAUAUUCCAGUUUUGUCACAAUGUGAGAAAAACUUGUUAAUCAAUUUAUUGGGGAGCAAUCAGAAAGACAUCUUAAAGAAAACUGCAAGACAGAUUGUGGAUGAGUUAUCUUUUGCAACUGUACCGUCCAUUGAUUUAAGUAAUUUGCAAGCACAAUUAGCUGAGCGUCAUUCAGAGUUACCAGCUGUUGCAAAAUGUGGAAAUCCAGUGAUUUUACCUGAUAUGGAUCAUUCCAAAGCCAUACAAACUUACAAUUCUAAGAAUGUAACAAAGUUCAUGGCUGAAAUCUAUGCAUAUAAGGAUAAUUAUCCACCAUUAUGCUUUGAAAGUUAUAGACCUGAAUUUUUAAGAUUAGCACCUCCACUUUUUCGAUCUUUUGAUGAAUUGUCAUGGUUCAAUGUCACAGAACCUUCACAAUUUACAAUCGAAUAUGAUACCAAUAUGUGUGUCUCAAAUUGUGCUGGUGCAGAAGCCCGCAGACUGAUGGGCAAAGCAUUUAAGAGUGCAGUCACUCUACAACAACAACAACAUCUCUUUGAUGAGUUAGACAGAGAUCCAAAACUGGUCUAUCAUAUUGGCCUAACUCCAGGAAAACUACCAGAUUUGGUAGAAAAUAAUCCUAUGAUUGCAAUCAAAGUAUUGUUGAAACUUAUGCAAUCAAGUCAAAUAACAGAAUAUUUAAGUGUUCUGGUAAAUAUGGAAAUGUCUCUUCAUUCAAUGGAAGUAGUAAAUAGAUUGACUACCACUGUUGAUUUACCUACAGAGUUUGUUCAUUUGUACAUUAGCAAUUGUAUUUCCACUUGUGAAACUAUAAAGGAUCGUUAUAUGCAGAAUCGUUUAGUACGCUUAGUUUGCGUGUUUCUGCAAUCCUUGAUCAGGAAUAAGAUUAUCAAUGUAAAGGAACUCUUCAUUGAGGUGCAGGCUUUUUGUAUUGAAUUCAGCCGAAUCAGAGAAGCUGCAGCUCUCUUUCGCCUUCUAAAACAACUUGAAUCUGGUGAUAUUGGUGGACUUAAUGCACCACCUGUAAAUAAUAGUAAUUGA